AUGUCAGAAUUAGAACAAAUAGACGGAUUCUCAGAAGAAGAUCAACUCGAUCUUCAAGCCGAGCUCCAAGAGGGCUUCGCUGAAAUUGAGGAAAAAUAUGCUGUUGAUACUCAACAGGGUUUUGAGAACGUCCUUGUGAUCGACAACAUUCCUGUUAUCGAUGAAGCCAAGAAGCAAAAAUUGGUGGAUCGAUUAAGGCAAUUAUUUGCCAAGGCCGGUGCGGCCAUCGAGGAGGAGAACAUAAGUAUGCCAUGGGAUGACAAGGCAGCUACCAAUAAAGGUUUUAUCUUCCUCACCUACCCUGAUGCUCCUCAAGCCGAGAACGCUCUUCGACUACUAGACGGUGCUGCUUUCGGUAAAAAUACUCUCUACGUCAACCGAUUCGGUGAUAUUGAGAGAUACGCCAACCUCCCUGUUGGUGAGGGUGAGCUUCCAACUGGCUGGAGGGAGAAAUCUUACGUUGAAAAGGACCACCUCAGAAGCUGGUUAGGCGACAGUGCUGGUCGAGACCAAUACGUCACUUUCCGAGAUCAGGACGUCAGUGUUUGGUGGAACGGUCGAAACGGUGUCUCUGAACCUGUCAAGAUCGACGGCAAACCUCUUAAAAACAGCAAAUGGGGAGAACUUUACCUCCAAUGGUCUCCACUCGGUACUUACCUUUCUUCCCUUCAUCGAGUCGGUGUCGCUCUCUGGUCUGGACCUAAACUUGAUGGACCUAUCGGAGUCAACGUUCUUCGAUUUACCCAUCCCGGUGUCCGACUUAUCCAAUUUUCUCCUUGUGAGAACUACCUCGUCACUUGGUCCGAAGAACCCCUCGACAACUUUGAGAACCACCCCAACGCUGCUUUGAGAGAGACAUUCGGACCUGAAGAUGAAGGCAAUCAAUACGUCAUUUGGGAUGUCAAGGCUCAAAGAGUUCUUCGAACCUUCCCCGCUGACAAACCCGUUCAAGGCGAAGAUGGUCCUCAACAAAUGGCUUGGCCCGCAUUCAAAUGGUCACCCGAUGAUGCUUACGUCGCCAGAUGCAAUGUCGGUGUUGGUAUCGCUGUCUACGAACUUCCUGGUAUGGGUCUUCUCGACAAGAAAUCUAUCAAGAUUGAUGGUGUUCAAAACUUUGAGUGGUGUCCUAUGAGUGAGAAAGACUUUGUCGCUAGAAAGACUGGAAAGGGUAAAGAAGGCAGCUUCGUCUUCUGGACUCCUGAAGCUCCUAAUCAACCCGCACGUGUCAGCAUCAUGUCGAUCCCUAGCAGAAACAUCCUUCGAGCCAAGAACCUCUUCAAUGUCACUGAUUGUAAAUUCUACUGGCAAAAUCAAGGUGAUUUCCUCUGUGUUAAAGUCGAUCGACACGCUCGAAAGGCAAAGUCAAAGAAGGCUACUUUCUGUAAUCUCGAACUUUUCCGAGUUAGGGAAAAAGAUUACCCCGUCGAGGUCAUAGAGUUCAAGGAUUACGUCCCUCAAUUCGCAUGGGAACCUCAAGGUAACCGAUUCGCUAUCGUUUCUUCAAACGACCCCAAUUACGGUCAAGGCAUCCCCGGUGUUGUCGUCAAAUACAACAUUGAUUUCUACCAACUUGACCAAAAGAAGGGUGAUUUCAUUGCUAUUAAGCACCUCGAUGGAAAGAUAGCCAACACCCUUGUUUGGUCUCCUCGAGGACGACAUAUCGCUCUUGCAACUAUCGGUUCAUCCCAAAAGUUCGAUGUCGAAUUCUGGGAUCUUGAUUUCGUUGUCGACGAAAGAAGAGAAACUUCCGAACCUGGUGCAAAUGUUACUAUGCUCGCUUCCGGUGAACAUUACGGUAUCACUGAUAUUGCUUGGGAUCCAAGUGGAAGAUACCUUGCCACUUCCGCUUCCUCAUGGAGACAAACUCCUGAGCCUGGAUUCUGCGUCUGGGAUUUCAAAGGACAACAGUUAGUUCAUCAACCUCAAGAUCGAUUCAAGCAAUUCUUGUGGAGACCUAGACCACCUACACUCCUUUCAAAAGAUCAAAUCAAGAAAGUACGAAAAGAGCUCAAAGAAUACUCUAGAUCAUUCGAUGAAGAUGAUGCAGCGGAAGAAAACAGAGGUUCAGCUGAGAAACUCGCUCAAAGACAAAGAGAUAUAUCAGAGUGGAACGCUUGGCGAUCGAGGAACAACAAGAAACUUGAUGAUGAAAGAGCCAAGAGUGGUAAAGAGAAGAAAGUCGUCAAACAAGAUGUUGAAACUGAAGAAAAAGUCGAAGAGAUCGUUGAGGAAUUACUUGAUGAAACAGAGGAAGUCGUCGUUGGUUAG